AUGUCCGUCGAUCCGGCUGAACUGAAGCCAUUCAAGUCCACGCAACCCGGGCACUCUUCCCUGCGUCAGAUUUCGGAAGAUGCUUUCUACGUGGUCAACGAGGUGGUCAUCAAGCGACUUGGCCAUAUUCCGAUUUACAAGGGAGACUUCCACCUCCUGCCCCCGAAAGUCCAGCGUUUCAUCGCGGAAAAGGCCGAAUUGAUGCGCCCUCUCGGUAUCUAUAUUUGCGACGGGACCCAGCACGAAGCCGACGAGAUCAUCGACAAGUUGGUGGAGCGCGGUAUGCUGUCUCCGCUGGGCGCCUACGAGAACAACUACAUCUGCCGCACCGACCCCAAGGACGUGGCUCGUGUCGAAUCAAAGACGUGGAUGGUUACCAAGGACAAAUACGAUACGGUAUGCCGAACUGCUGAAGGGGUCGACCCGAUCAUGGGCCACUGGAUGGCGCCCGAGCAGAUGAGCGACGAGCUGGACUCGCGUUUUCCGGGUUGUAUGGCGGGCCGUAUCAUGUACGUGGUGCCCUUCUCGAUGGGUCCGCUCGGUGGUCCCUUGUCAAAAAUUGGCGUUCAGCUGACCGACUCGAACUACGUCGUCAUCUCGAUGAGAAUCAUGACUCGCGUCACAUCGGAAGUCUUUGAAAUCAUGGGCGACCAGGACUUUACCCGCUGCAUUCACUCUGUUGGGCUGCCCCGCCCCGUGAAACAAAAGGUGAUCAACCACUGGCCGUGCAACCCGGACAAAGUGUUCAUCGCCCACCGCCCUCCCGAGAGGGAGAUCUGGUCGUUCGGGUCGGGCUACGGUGGAAAUUCGCUCCUUGGCAAGAAGUGCUUUGCCCUUCGCAUCGCGUCGAACAUUGCCAAGGAUGAGGGCUGGCUAGCCGAACAUAUGUUGAUUAUGGGCGUCAGCAGGCCUUGUGGAAGGGAACAUUUCAUUGCGGCCGCUUUCCCGUCGGCUUGCGGCAAGACCAACCUGGCCAUGCUUCAGCCGACUCUGCCCGGCUGGAAAGUCCGUUGCGUUGGUGACGAUAUCGCUUGGAUGAAGUUCGGCCCGGACGGGCGACUCUACGCCAUCAACCCUGAAAAUGGAUUCUUCGGAGUGGCGCCUGGAACUUCUGACAAGACGAACCCGAUGGCCGUCGCCACCUUCCAGAAGAACUCCAUCUUCACCAACAAUGUCGAAAUUACCGAUUGGCUGGGCAAUCCGUGGAAGCUCGGAGAUGCGACACCGGCUGCCCAUCCGAACUCACGCUUUGCCGCCCCCGCCCGUCAAUGUCCGAUCAUCCACCCCGAUUGGGAGACGCCCCAGGGGGUUCCGAUUGAGGCCAUCAUCUUUGGAGGCCGUCGACCCGAGGGAGUUCCGCUUGUGUACGAGACGUUCGGCUGGAACCAUGGUAUCUACACGGGUGCUUGCUUGAAGUCCGAAACUACCGCUGCUGCCGAACACAAGGGCAAGAAUGUGAUGCACGAUCCGAUGGCGAUGCGUCCGUUCAUGGGCUACAACUUUGGCAAGUACCUGGAGCACUGGAUGAAGCUCGACACGCCGGACCGCAAGCUGCCUCGCAUCUACCACGUCAACUGGUUCCGCAAGAGCAAGGAGGACAACAAGUUCUUGUGGCCCGGCUUUGGCGACAAUAUUCGUGUGAUCGACUGGAUCAUCCGAAGACUCGAUGGAGAUGAGGGCAUUGGCCUCGACACGCCCGUUGGUGUCAUUCCGACAAAGGGUUCCAUCAAUACCGAAGGCAUGGAUGAGGUCAGAUGGGACGAGCUGAUGUCGCUGCCUUCCGAUUAUUGGAAGGCCGAUGCGGUGGAGGUUCGAAAGUUCCUCGAGUCGCAGGUUGGCGCCGACCUGCCGGCCCCGAUUCGCAAGGAGAUGGACGACCAAGAGGCGCGCAUCAACGCCAUG